UGUGGGUGGUGGUACCCUAAGCCCACUUCAGUCACUCAUUAGCCAGUUCUCAACCACCUCUUUAGCGCACUCCGUGUUCUGCAAUCUGCCAACAACCGUUCUCUUUGAAAAAUCAACAAAAGAAGAAAUUUCAGUGGAUUUUCUUUAGAUUACCGCUUUAGAGUGAACAGAUACGCUGGAUUGAAGGAUUAUUGAGGACAAAUUUCCAACGACAUUUUCGAGUGGUAAAAACCUAAGAAAAGUCCAAUUUUUUACUUACGUAUACUUUUGUUUACUUCGUUUUUCUUUUAAACCCCUUUUUAAUCGGGUUUUUCUAUUGCUAUAAAAUGUCAAACCAAGAUGUGGAUUUAGACUCCAUUAUAGAUCGCUUGUUGGAGGUCCGAGUCAACCGUCCUGGAAAACAAGUUCAAUUGGCUGAAAAUGAAAUCCGCUUUUUGUGCAACAAAGCCCGUGAAAUAUUUAUUAGCCAACCCAUAUUAUUAGAGUUAGAAGCUCCUCUUAAGAUCUGCGGUGAUAUUCAUGGUCAAUAUUACGACCUUUUACGACUGUUUGAAUAUGGCGGCUUCCCUCCAGAGGCUAAUUACUUGUUUUUGGGUGAUUAUGUAGAUCGUGGUAAGCAAAGUUUGGAGGUUAUUUGCUUGUUGCUUGCCUAUAAAAUUAAGUACCCGGAGAAUUUCUUUAUCCUUCGUGGUAAUCAUGAAUGUGCUAGCAUCAACCGUAUCUACGGCUUUUACGACGAAUGCAAGCGUCGCUACAACAUCAAACUUUGGAAAACAUUUACUGAUUGUUUUAACUGUCUUCCAAUUGCUGCUAUCAUUGACGAAAAAAUCUUUACUAUGCAUGGUGGUCUUUCUCCUGAUUUGAACUCUAUGGAUCAAAUUCAACGCAUCAUGCGCCCUACAGAUGUUCCCGACACUGGUCUGCUUUGUGAUCUUUUGUGGUCCGAUCCUGACAACGACCUUACUGGUUGGGGUGACAAUGAUCGUGGUGUUUCGUUCACAUUUGGUCCUGAUGUUGUGUCUCGAUUUUUGCAUAAACACGACAUGGACCUUGUGUGCCGAGCACACCAGGUUGUUGAAGAUGGCUAUCAGUUUUUCUCGAAACGCCAGUUGGUAACUUUGUUCAGUGCUCCCAACUAUUGUGGUGAAUUUGAUAACGCUGGUGCUAUGAUGAGCGUAGAUGAAAGUCUUCUUUGUAGCUUCCAGAUAUUAAAACCCGCAGAGAAAAAACAACGUUACGGCGGUUACCAGGGAAUGGGUCAGAACUGGCACAUAAAUACUCCUCGGAAAGGUAAGGCAGGAAAUUCAAAAUAAAGCAUUUGAUGUUUCUCAUGGUUUUCCUGAACUUUAUUUAUUCUUUUGGCCUUUGAAUGUGAUAAAUUAAAAGCUGUAAUUGUUUUUUGAUUCCAGCGCUUCGCUGUCUUAUAACGUUUCACUAUCUGCGCCUGUUUGCAUGAGCAUUAGUUUGGAUAAUUAGAGCAACCUGGUUUUAUUUUUGAUUUCACAUUACCUUCGUCUUAUCUGUCUGUUCUCCCUAAUCCUUAGAUGUAACUAAGAAUUUAGACCUCAAUCUUUUCUUUUCCUUUCAUCUAUAUUCUAUUAUGAAAUAUAUAUAUACCUCACUAGGGGAUAAAAUUUUUACGCUAGGUUACUUUACAUACGGUACUUUUUGGCAUACAAAGGAAUAAGCAAGCGUGGCUACUGAUGACUUGGCAUUCCUUCUUUUAGUGCUGGAUCCCAUAUCCUUUAACGUUUCGUUUAAUCUACUAUACUUCGUCACAUCGUUAACCACGAGCAAUUGAUGGAACUUUGAUUCAGUAGCAUUUUUACCAUUUCAUCCUUUGUACUUCACUGAAACCUAAGCUUUCAACGUCUUACAUUUACACAUAAAUACUAUCAAACAUUUUUAUACCGCUCAUCAGCGAGUUUAUUUGAGUGUCGGCUGUACCUAAAUAGUUCUGUUAAUUCUAGUAUUAUCUUCUACUAUUCUUAUAUAUAUUUUCAUAGACCAUCAAUCUUAUAUGUUUCGUGUUAUUGUAUACAAUAUAGAUACAAC